AUGGCCGGAGGGGCCGGCGGCGGCAGGGCGGCGGAGAUAACGCUGGAGCGCACGCCGACAUGGAUCGUGGCGUCCGUGUGCUCCAUCAUCGUCCUCAUCUCCCUGCUCUUCGAGCGCCUGCUCCACCGCCUCGGCAAGAGGCUAACAAAGGGCCGCCGGAAGCCGCUGUACGAGGCCCUGCUCAAGGUCAAAGAAGAGCUGAUGCUGCUGGGCUUCAUCUCCCUGCUGCUCACCGUGUUCCAGGGCGCCACGCAGAAGAUAUGCGUCCGGGAGAGCCUGAUGCACCACCUCCUGCCGUGCCCGCGCGCCGGCGCCCGUGCCGCCAAGGCUGCGCAGCACUACGUUGCCGCCGAGUUCACCAGUGUGGUGGGCAGCACGAGGAGGCUCCUGGCAGGUGGAGGCGCCUCCAGUGACUAUUGCCUCAAUAAGGGCAAAGUUCCGAUUCUUUCGAUCCAAGCUAUCCAUCAGCUACACAUAUUUAUCUUUGUCUUAGCGGCUACGCAUGUGGUUCUCAGUGCUGUUACAAUUAUUCUUGGAAUCACACAGACAAGAAAAUGGAAACACUGGGAGGACAAGAUCCAGCAAAGCGGCGAUAAUGGUCCUCAAAUGGUCAGACAUGUGGAGGAAUUCAAAUUUAUCAAAAAUCACUUCAGAGGUCAUGGAAAACGAUGGGAAAUAUUCGGUUGGCUGCGUUCUUUUUUCAAACAAUUUUAUGGGUCAGUCACCGAGGAGGACUACACAACCCUGCUACUUGGCUUUGUCAUGAUAAAACACAGCAAGGGGCAUCCAAAAUUUAACUUCUACAGUUAUAUGAAUAGAGCACUAGAAGGGGAUUUCAAGAAAGUUGUUGGCAUAAGCUGGUACCUUUGGGCUAUGUUGAUGAUAUUCCUGCUACUGAAUGUUCAUGGAUGGUAUGUCUACAUUUGGAUAUCGGUUGCACCAUUCGUUUUGCUACUUGUGGUCGGAAGUAAGCUGGAGCAUAUUAUCACGGAGCUAGCUAUUGACGUUGCCCAGAAGAAUACUGCAAUAGAAGGGGAGCUAGUUGUAGCUCUUUCAGAUGAAUUCUUUUGGCUCCAUCGGCCUAAACUAGUCCUUCUAUUGAUCCGUAUCAUCUUGUUCCAAAAUGCAUUUGAGAUUGCAUUUUUCUUCUGGCUGCUGGUAAGAACAAUUAGCUAA